AUGCUUAAAGUGUCGCCUUGGAAGGGCGUAGUCAGAUUCUUAAAGAGAGGGAAACUAGCUCCAAGGUAUAUUGGACCAUUUGAGAUUACAGAACGUGUUGGUGCAGUAGCUUACCGUUUGAAACUUCCCCAAGAGCUUAGUAACGUACACGAUGUAUUCCACGUAUCAGACCUUAAGAAGUGUUUAGCUGACGAAGCAACGUAUGUUCCUUUGAACGAGAUACGAGUAGAUAGUAAUUUAAGCUUCAAAGAAGAACCCGUUGAAAUCAUGGAUCGCGAAGUCAAAAAACUCAAGAGACAUAAGUAUACUGUUGUGAAAGUCCAUUGGAAUUCCCGUAGAGGCCCAAAGUUUACUUGGGAACGAGAAGAUCAAAUGAAGCUUAAGUACCCACACUUAUUCACGUAA